AUGAUUGAGAAUUCGACGUUGCAGAUCCCUUCGACAGGUUUGUAUGUUGACCUUCCGCAUAAAUGGAAAUCAACCACGCGCUCCGUGCCAUCGCAACUCCCCACUCUUCAAAAAUACCGCUCACGGCUAAAUUUACAGCAGCUGGGUAAACUCACUGAUGAUAUUCUAGUACUAAUUGGUACAGAGCGAUGCUCUCUAUGA